AUGCGCCGCGCCGGCCUUCUGACGAGCUGCUGCUCGCGCGGCAUCGCAAGCUCCAUUGGCAGCUCUUCAUCCGCCGUCUCAACACCUCUGCGCUCGGCCAUUCUCGCCCAGAUCCGAUACAAGUCCACCUCCUCAUCCAACCAUGCGAAUGCCGCGCAAAAAGAGAUCAACGCCGGCACCUUCCGCACCGGCGAAGAUUUGGCCCAACAACGUGCUUCGUCCACCGUCCCGCCAUCCGAGCAGGUCCCUUCCAACCCAGCCAACACCACACCUCCGCUAGACUGGAACACCUUUUUCAAAUUGCGCAUGCGCCGCCGCCGCGUCCAGCUUGCCUUCAGCGCGACCACGGGUCUCAUUGGGUUCGCAACUGGCGCGACACUGCUCCCUACCGCCAUGGGCGAGCCAUUGGUCGCCAUGAUCCCACUCGACCCCAUCUUCAGUCUCGGAAUAUUGACCCUCGCUUCUGCGGGCGUGGGCUGGCUGGUCGGACCUAGCAUCGGCGGGCAGGUGUUCAAUCUGCUCAACCGUCGGGUCGUCGGGCAGAUCAAGAAGAAGGAGGUGGAGUUCUUUUCGCGGAUCAAGAAGAACCGUGUCGACCCUACCAACUCGAGUGCAGCGAACCCUGUGCCUGACUAUUACGGCGAGAAGAUCCAGAGUGUCCAUGGAUACAGGCAAUGGCUGAAGGAUCAGCGCGCCUUCAACCGCAAGAAGUCUGCCAACUUGAUAUGA